UCGUUUUUUUCUUUUUGUUGGUGUCGCACUAUACAUAUAUUCUAUCAAUAUAAAUAUUUUAAUCUAAACGUCGUCUCAACAAACCUUUGACUUCAAAUUUGUUCUUCCUCUUAUUAGUCUUCGUCAUAUUUUCUUCCUUCUUCCAUCUUUUAGUUCUGAUAAGUUAACAUUUUCAUAAGACCUCAAAAAUAGCUCCUACAUUUGUUAUCUUCCUUUUCAAGUCAACAAUAUUUUUUUUUGUUCUGUUAUCAAAGACUCCUUCUUUUGGUGAUUAAACUCUGUUCAACUUCUGAAAAAAAGUUUUGAUUUUUCUUUUGUCUGUAGUACACAAAGAUCUCAAAGGUGAGUUUGUAAUUUCCUCGAAAGUUACUUUACCUUUCUUCUAUCACGAAGUUCAUACUUCUUUAGAUUCUUGUUUAGGGAAGACCCAAAGGUUUAAUCUUUAGUAUAAAUCUUGCAAGUUAGGCCAAGAAACAUUCUUUCCCUAACUUUUCAAAAUUAGGGUUCGUUACAGAAUUUGGGGUUUUCUUGAAUCUCUAAUUUGAUUCGACAAUUCAUCAGUGGAGGAACCUCGGUGUUUUAACAUCUUUACGAAGAUGAAAUGCUUCUUAUUCCCUCUUGGGGACAAGAAAGAUGAACAGAGAAGCCCUAAACCGGUUUCACCAACGUCUAACUUCAGUGACGUAAACAAAAGCGGUUCAGAUUUCAGUCCCCGGGAUGUUUCUGGAACGAGCACAGUAUCAUCCACUGGUAGGAACUCGAACACUAGCAUGUCAGCUAGAGAAAACAACCUUAGAGAGUUCACUAUUGGUGAUCUUAAAUCUGCCACAAGGAACUUCAGCAGGUCAGGUAUGAUCGGGGAAGGCGGUUUUGGUUGUGUCUUCUGGGGAACAAUCAAGAACUUAGAAGACCCAUCGAAGAAAAUCGAAGUCGCGGUUAAACAGCUCGGCAAAAGAGGGUUGCAGGGUCAUAAAGAAUGGGUGACUGAAGUGAACUUUCUCGGUGUAGUCGAGCAUUCAAACUUGGUGAAGUUGCUGGGACAUUGUGCAGAAGACGAUGAACGUGGAAUCCAAAGGCUUUUGGUUUAUGAAUAUAUGCCAAACCAAAGUGUCGAGUUCCAUUUAUCUCCGCGGUCACCGACAGUACUUACUUGGGACCUCAGAUUGAGAAUAGCACAAGACGCAGCUCGAGGUUUAACAUACCUUCAUGAAGAAAUGGACUUUCAGAUAAUAUUCCGUGAUUUCAAGUCAUCCAACAUUCUACUAGACGAGAAUUGGACAGCGAAGCUUUCGGAUUUCGGUUUGGCUCGCUUAGGUCCUUCACCAGGAUCCAGCCAUGUUUCUACUGAUGUAGUAGGAACAAUGGGAUACGCAGCUCCAGAGUAUAUCCAAACGGGUCGCCUCACGUCGAAAAGCGAUGUGUGGGGAUACGGAGUUUUCAUCUAUGAGCUCAUUACAGGAAGAAGGCCACUAGACCGGAACAAGCCUAAAGGAGAGCAGAAGCUUUUAGAAUGGGUGAGACCUUACUUAUCCGACACAAGGAGGUUCCGGCUAAUAGUAGACCCGAGGCUCGAGGGAAAGUACAUGAUCAAGUCAGUGCAGAAACUCGCGGUUGUAGCCAACCUUUGCCUUACUAGAAACGCAAAGGCGCGUCCAAAGAUGAGCGAGGUGUUAGAGAUGGUGACAAAGAUUGUGGAAGCUUCAUCGCCUGGGAAUGGUGGCAAGAAGCCGCAGCUGGUUCCACUAAAGAGUCAAGAAACUUCUAGAGUCGAGGAAGGGAAGAAUAAGAAGGUUCUUGAUGGUGCUGAAGGAGGUUGGUUAGAAAAGUUGUGGAACCCAAAGAAUGUGAGAGCUUGUUGAUUCGGGGUCUACGUCAGAAACAAAUUAGUGAAUUUCAAUGCCUUUGUUUAAAUACUGUAAUUUAACAAACUUAUGAGUUUUCUUACAUUCCAUUUUUUGGUGUGAUUAUUAAACGAUUUAUUUGAUAUUCGAGUGAUUUCGAAGAUUUUUGCAGAACCUAAUGGCUA